AUGUCUAAAGCAAUUUUUUCCAUUCAAAACGGUCCAACUUUCGAAGGUAUUUCUUUUGGUGCUGACAAAUGUGUUGCCGGUGAAGCUGUUUUCACUACUUCAUUGGUGGGUUAUCCAGAAUCUAUGACAGAUCCAUCAUAUCGUGGUCAGAUCUUAGUCUUUACACAACCUUUGAUCGGCAAUUAUGGUGUUCCAUCCGGGACUGCUCGUGAUGAAUUCAAUCUUUUAAAAUAUUUUGAAUCCCCACAUAUUCAUGUAGUUGGGAUCGUUGUUGCUGAAUAUGCUUAUCAGUAUUCACAUUGGACUGCAGUCGAGUCCCUGGCUAACUGGUGUCAAAGAGAAGGUGUGGCAGCCAUCACUGGUGUCGAUACUCGUGCUGUCGUACAGUAUUUAAGGGAACAAGGUUCCUCUUUGGCAAGAAUCACUAUUGGUGAUAAACAACCUUUAGAAUACUUCGAUCCAAUGGACACUCAUCUAGUAAAACAAGUUACUACAAAACAACCAUUCCAUGUUCCUGCCAUCGUCAAGAACCCAUCGGCCAAUAUUGCUUUGAUCGACUGUGGGGUUAAAGAAAACAUUAUUAGAUGCUUGGUCAGAAGAGGUGCAAAUGUGACUGUUUUUCCAUUCGAUUAUCCAAUUCAAGACAUUGCUCAACAGUUCGACGGUGUCUUUUUAUCUAAUGGUCCAGGAAACCCACAAAUGUGUACUGACACAAUCUCUAAUUUGAAAGUUUUACUAAAGGAUGCAACUUUGUACGAUAUGCCAAUCUUUGGUAUCUGUCUUGGCCAUCAGUUGUUAGCGUUGGCUUCUGGUGCCAAGACUUUGAAAAUGAAAUAUGGUAAUAGAGCACAUAACAUUCCUGCAAUGGACCUAACUACUGGUCAAUGUCAUAUUACCUCUCAAAAUCACGGGUAUGCUGUGGACCCAAGCACUUUACCAGCUGAUCAGUGGAAACCAUACUUUGUCAAUCUAAAUGACAAUUCAAACGAAGGUAUGAUUCAUUUAAAGAGACCUAUCUUCUCUACUCAAUUCCAUCCUGAAGCUAAAGGUGGCCCAUUGGAUACAGAUAUUUUAUUUGAUAAAUUUUUUGAAAAUAUUCAAGAAUAUAAACAGAAGAGGGUUGACUCCAUUAGGGAGAAAAAGAGUAGUCAAAUCAACAAGCUAUCUGACGUAUCUAAACAAUUCAAUGAGUCUUUAGCCAAGGAAAGAGUCCUUGUUUAA